CGCUUUCAGGCCAUAAACCCCCUUAACUGCAACUCCCAGCAGCCAUCGCGCGGCCGGAAAUAGACGCCUCAGUGAAAGGAGAAGAGGAGGUGUUACUGCAACUGAAGAUGAUGAAGAGUAAAGCAGAUGAGGAAGACUUCUGGAACAGCUCAAAGUGUAAACCUUUCACCUUCGAUGAUGAAGAUGACGAGUUCAGCAAGUUAAAAGAGUCAAAGCAGACCGUGAAAAACAUCCGCCCACUGGUGGAUGAAGACGAGGAUGAAGAUGACGUGGAGAAGAUCAGCUGGAGUGGAGAGCCUGUUGGGAGUAUCUCCUGGUCAGUCAGAGAGACGGCAGCAUCCAGUCAGAGGACAGAAAGAGAGCCCGCCUUCCCCAAAAUCAACACAGACACCCCGGCGAUCAGCAGGAGUCUCUCAGGAUACUCUCUGAGUGCUCUCUUCAAAGGUGGGACAGGAAAAACGAAAGGAGCAAACUUCCAAUCCUUCACUGACUCGCAGAGUGACUCAUCUGUCAGGCUCUACGCUCCAGAACUCCGAAAACCUAAGUCAGAAUACAAGGAUAUUGUCAGCGAUUGGUCGCCUGAGCACACGGUUCAGAGAAUGCAGCAAGGAAAGGUCGUGCAUCUGGAGAAGUUUCGGUCUCUUCAGGACAAACUGUUGCUGCUCGAUUUUGCUGUCAGCGCUCACGAUGGAAAUGUCAUCACCGCUGUUUUAAUUUAUUUAAAGAGGACUCUGAGUAAAGAGGUGUUGUUUCGGGAGCUGGAGUCUAGACAGACGGCUCUGAGACAUUUCAUCCACUACCUGACUGAAACCAGAGACCAGAGGCUACUGCUGGAGCUGCUCAGAGCUCUCGGCAGGAUAGAGGACGUAGCGCUGCUGCAGUACAAAGAACACCUGAGCAUUGCAGAUGAAAACAAGAGGCGGGACUUCUUGAAGAGCUGCCUCAGUCUUCCAUUUUCUCCAGAGGACUCUGCUCACGUUCAGGACCACUACACGCUGCUGGAGAGACAGAUCAUUAUCGAGGCGACAGACCGACAUGCUGAGCGUGGAGGGAAGGUGGAAAUCUUCCAGAAGUUUCCCAGAAGAGCUUCGAUUCUCAACAUGCCACUGAUCACAACACUGUACUACUGCUGCUUCUACCACUAUCAUGAGUCUGAGGGAACCUACUCCAGUCCAUUAAACAUCCGUCAGACCUUCAGGAUUUCGGACAAGCAGUAUUUUGUGACAGCGCUGGCAGCGAGGGCGAAGCUGAAGGCGUGGUCAGACGUGGACGCUCUAUUCACCAGUAGGAACUGGCUUGGAUUCACCAGGAAGAAAUCACCGCUCAGCUUCCAACGAGUUGUUGACAUCCUGCACAGAAACUCUGCCCCCACACAGGUGCUGCAGGAGUAUGUGGGUCUCGUGGAUGAUUCGGACCUGAGGAUCAGUUUGGCACAGAAACACAAAUGUCACGACAUCGUCAUCAACACGUACCGGGACCUGAAGGACCGGCAGCUGUUGCUAGGAUACCUGUCGAAGGUAGAGAGAGGAUCCGCGGAGGCGGGGAAGAUCAAUCAGCUGCUCAGCAACCAGCAAAUCCGGUGGAGGAACUGACUUCUAUGCUUCGGUGAAAGACUUUUAUUUUGAAACAACGAAAGUUUCAUGUGAAGCCAAAGUCAAACACAACGGGAACGUCCAGUUAGCUCGAGCCUGCUUCGGUUUUGAUUGGUUGGAGAGAGGAGCGCUUGGUUUGACUCCUCCCACCAUACCGCGGGGCGGAUGGAGUUUAAAUUUCUGUCCACACAUGGUGGAG